UAUUAUUAUUAUAGUACUAGUGCAUGGUAGCAGUACUGUUAAUACACUUUCGCAUCAUUACAUAGUAUUUGCUACACAACUACUACUAGUACUACUAGCACCAUUGCGGGUAUAAUGGGUUUUACUAGUACAAAAUGUUCAUUGUUCACAAUAUGGUCGAUUUUCUCCCUUGCCUUCGUGCAUUGCUCUGCGUUUACUUCCAAAGAUUACUCUGAUGCUCUUUCCAAAUCAAUCCUCUUCUUUGAGGGUCAGAGGUCUGGCAAGCUACCCUCUAACCAACGCCUCACUUGGAGGGCUGACUCUGGCUUGUCCGAUGGUUCCUCUGCUCAUGUUGACCUUACUGGUGGAUACUAUGAUGCUGGCGAUAAUGUGAAGUUUGGGCUGCCAAUGGCAUUUACAACUACCUUAUUAGCAUGGAGUAUUAUCGAGUUUGGUAGCUCCAUGCAAGACCAGAUCGGCAAUGCCAGAGCUGCCCUACGCUGGAGUACAGAUUAUCUUUUAAAAGCAGCCACAGCAACCCCUGGCACCUUAUAUGUCCAAGUGGGAGAUCCAAACAUGGAUCACAAGUGCUGGGAAAGGCCCGAAGACAUGGACACACCACGGAAUGUAUACAAAGUGUCCACUCAAAACCCAGGAUCGGAUGUUGCAGCUGAAACAGCAGCUGCAUUGGCUGCAGCUUCAAUCGUCUUCAAAGACUCCGACCAUGCUUAUUCCACUAAAUUACUUCAAACUGCAAUGGAAGUAUUCGAUUUUGCAGACAAGUACAGAGGAGCUUACAGUGACUCUCUCAAUUCGGUGGUCUGUCCAUUUUAUUGCUCUUACUCAAGUUACCAUGUAAGAUCAACAAACAUAUAUAUAUAUUGCUUCUUGCUUAUUAUAUAUUUGAUCUCAAUCAUAGUUUUUUUUUUUUUUUUGAAUCAGGAUGAGCUUCUGUGGGGUGCAUCUUGGAUUCACAGAGCUUCACAGAAUCCCUCCUACAUGGCUUACAUUCAGACCAACGGUCACACAAUGGGUGCAGAUGAAGAUGACUAUUCAUUCAGUUGGGACGAUAAGCGACCUGGAACGAAGGUUCUUCUUUCCAAGGACUUCUUAGAGCAUAACACCCAAGAAUUUCAAUUGUAUAAAGCACACUCUGACAACUACAUAUGCUCGCUGAUUCCAGGAUCACCCAAAUUCCAGGCCCAAUAUACUCCAGGGGGACUACUCUACAAAGGAAGUGAGAGCAAUCUACAAUAUGUUACUACUUCAGCUUUCCUCCUCUUGACAUACUCCAAGUAUCUAAGCUCAAAUGGUGGAGUUGUCUCGUGUGGGACUUCGACUUUCGCGGCAGACAAGCUCAUUUCACUGGCAAAGAAGCAAGUUGAUUACAUAUUAGGUGAUAAUCCGGCAAAGAUGUCGUAUAUGGUGGGGUUCGGACAGAGGUAUCCGUUGCAUGUCCACCACAGGGGAUCCUCUGUACCAUCUGUACAUGCACAUCCUGAUCCCAUUUCAUGCAACAAUGGAUUUCAGUACCUGUACUCUGGCUCACCCAAUCCAAAUAUCCUUGUUGGAGCCAUCUUGGGAGGUCCUGAUAGUAAAGACAAUUUCUCUGAUGAUAGAAACAAUUACCAGCAAUCUGAACCGGCUACUUAUAUCAAUGCACCGUUUGUUGGGGCUGUUGCUUUCUUCUCUUCCAAAUCCACAGUCGCCUAGCUGAGCCAUCUUCAUUUCCCUUUCCUUUUACAGUUCAGUUUGUAUCAUCACAAUGAUGUUGAAUACAAGAGGAAGUGAAUUAGGAAAUAGACAAGCUUUUCAUUCCUCCUCUGUAGUACUGUAAGAUGAUUGAAAUGAAUAUUAAAAAGUAAUUUCUUAUCA